AUGUAUAACUCACAGAUCUACACACAUACCGAUUCUCGUCUGAAGUUUUAUCGAAAUCAAAAAAUUCAUUCCCAACUAGAUCAUAUUCAGACGUCAGUGGCUGUGCCUGCGCAGUUAUCUGACGUUCCUAGAAAGCAUGUGAGGAAAAGGCAGAAAAUGAGCUACUGGGGAUUAUGUGCAAUUUAUUUACUUCUCUCAAUUCUUGUUGGCCUGGUGAAGACUGUCGGAGGAUCGGAUGUUAAUGUGGCAGUCAUUGUUGAUGACCGACUAUCAUAUGCUCAAUCAGUCUUUGAUUCUUCCAUAUCAGAACUGCAAAAAGACACGCAAUCAAGCUCUAAUAUCAAAUACAAUGUUAAUUAUGAUGGAAAGGGUACAUGCACACGAGGCCCUCAAAUGCAAGAGGGUGUAGCAUCAUUGAUGAAUUAUUAUUACAAAAACAAUAUCCAAGCUGUUUUCGGUCCAACAUGCUACUAUGAUCUGGAAAUAGCUGCUCGCUUAACAUCUGAAUGGCACAUCCUGCAAUUCAAUUUUUGGAAUGAUCAUCCAAGCGAUUAUAUAAAUCCUAGCAUAGUUCAGAUGACCACCAGAUCAUUAAUAAACAUUUGUGAAAAUAUAUUAGCGUUUUUGAAGGGUGUUGAAUGGAAUAAACUAGUAUUCAUCUAUUGCACGGAUUGUUAUCAAAAUAUAGAAGUUGAAGAAAUGCAAAUGAGAGCUAAGAACAUUACACAUUAUUUGGAUCAUAAUGAUAUCGUCAUAUCAAGUUUCAUUGAAGUAUACAAGAACUAUAGUAAAGAUGAUUACAAAAGGCUUUUGGUAGGAAUGAAUACUUACAGUCGUGUUGUAUUACCUUUAGUUGGUGAAGAGCUAGCUGAUUAUAUCAAUUUACAACUGGCUUUGAGAGAAUUGACAUUCAAUUCAUCAGAAUAUUCUACUCUUAUACUCGCAGAAAACUAUUCAAAUGAAGAAUUUAAAGUGCCAGAAAGGGCAGAUUCACCGGACCUUUUUGAGAAAGUAGCUGUGUUACGUAAUGAAGUGUUUGAUAAGCAUAUCAUAGACCCAUAUCUCGCUAAAAACAGUUUUCCAGAGAGAGAUGCCCUUAUGUAUAUUCAUUUGAAAGAAUCUGUUAAUGUUUUCAACCAAGUUGUACAACAAGCGCAGAAUACUGGAAUAUCUGUCAUGGAUGCACUACAACUAGCUCAUAAUUACCAAGGACCUUUCGGUGAAAUUAAGUUCAACUCAAAUUUUCAUCGGAUAUCGGGAUUCACAGUGUACAUAGUUGAAGACAAUUUGCUUGUUAGAUCAGCAAACCAGAUCACAACUAGGGAUGCAGGAGGCUUGCCAUGUAUUCCAAAUGGCCAAUGCUUGACAUUCACCCCUGUCUCCAAACAAGUGUUUAACUCGGGACAGCCAACUUGUGGAUUUCAAGGAGAACUAUGCGACCAAACUGGUACCGUCGUUAUAAUAGCAGCUGUUAUGGCAACUGUUUUUGUUUCUGUAGGAGUGUUUGUUGGUAUUCGAAGAAUGAAAUCAGGAGAAACCGCUUCUAUGCCUUGGGUAGUACCUAGUCAAUCUGUCAAGCUUAUAGAAAUCAAUAAUGGAAGUCAGCAUAUGUCUAUCUUGAGUCUACAACAACAUUUAGACAGCACGGUCAGGUUCCGAGAUUUUAUGAGAGGAAGGCAACUGGCUACAUUAGAACAAGCUUAUGUUAUUGUAGAACGUUACCCAAUGAGAGAACGCUUGGUCUUUGACAAAAACGAUAUGUACCUCUUGUUCCAGCUUAAACAGCUCUCACACGAUAAUAUUAAUCCAUUUAUGGGCAUGUGUUUCGACCGCUCCAUAGAACUUAUGUUGCUUUGGACUCAUUGCUUCAGAGGAUCAUUGGCGGAGAUGUUAUUCGCAACAAAGGAAGAAUCUGGUAUAUCGUUCGACAACAACUUCAGAAGAGCUUUUGUAAGAGACAUAUUGAAGGGUCUCGAUUAUCUUCACUCCUCAGCAUUAGGCUACCAUGGGUCGUUGUCUCCAUCUCAAUGUCACAUUGAUUCGCAUUGGAUCCUGAAGCUAUCUGGAUUUGGAAUGAACAGAAUGUUGUAUAAGUGGAAGAACAAUGGAAUCAUUGGUACAGCAGACGGGAAACCAAUCAUACCUAAUAGCGAAUUACAUUAUUAUGCACCUGAGAUGAGGAAGUUGUUGAAAGGAAUCAUGUAUACCCAUAGAGAUGAUCAUAUGAACAUCCCUCCUCAACAAGGCCAGGCUGCUGAUAUGUAUGCGUUUGGAAUAAUUUUGUACGAGCUGAUGUUCCGUAGAAAGCAUGUUGAAAUAGAAGACAUCUAUCAAAAUGAGAGCAAUGAUGAUGAUAAUUUGAUUCUUUGUGAACACGCGGAAGCUAUGAUCCCUCCGUACCCUGUGCUGCCUUCAGACGUUUCGGAAGUUCAUCCAGAUCUCAUAGGAUUGAUGCAUAAAUGUUGGUCUGAUCAGUUGGAUAUUCGACCGGAUGCUGCUUUGGCCAGAAAAAUUACCGAUGCCACAUUGAAAAUGUCUGGAAGCUUAGUAGACCAUCUAAUUCGAAAUAUGGAAAUGUAUACGUCGGGCUUACAAGACCUCGUUAGUGAACGGACUAGUCAAAGUGAAGAAGCACAAAGAAAGUCCGAUGAGUUGCUGUGGGAAAUGUUGCCCAAAUCUUUGGCUGAAGACUUGAAGAAUGGGAAGAAAGCAGAGGCGAAAAAUUAUAAAUCCGUCACGAUUAUGUAUUCUGAUAUCGUCGGGUUCACAUCCCUCUGCUCCGAAUCUCAACCCAUGGAGGUUGUAGCCUUAUUGAGCGGCAUGUUCGAAAACUUUGAUCGAAUAAUCAGUCAGUUUGAUGGCUACAAAAUGGAAACUAUUGGAGAUGCUUAUUGUGUCGCAUCCGGUAUUCCAACUCCCAAUAGAAUGGAACAUGUGAAGAACAUUGCAACGAUUGCUCUUCUGCAAAGAGAUUACUUGAAAACGUUUGAAAUUCCUCAUCGUCCCGGUCAAUACUUACAUUGCCGUUGGGGAUUCAAUACUGGCCCAGUAUUCACAGGUGUUGUUGGUAUAAGAGCUCCUCGUUAUUCUGUUUUUGGACAAACUGUUACAAUAGCAUCAAAAAUGGAAAACUUAGGACAGCCGGACUGUAUUCAGAUGACUCUCAAAAGUCACAAGCUACUCAGUUCGAGAUAUCCAGAAUUUAAAUGUACUGCAAGAGGCAGUACUAGAGUACCUGGAAUCGGAAUGCUUUUAACUUACUGGUUGGAUGGUGUCGAAGAGCUCCUGAAAAGUAACAGAGAAGAGUUCGAUAAAGCUAUCGAGGAACAUGAAAGCCAAUCAACUGAUGUAAAAGGCAUUCUGAAGAAGAAUCCUGUUGAUUCCACGAGUCACAUUUCUGAAUUCAUCCCAACGUGA